ACCCAUAAAGCGCUGGGAUUUGCACUUACAUAGCAUGAACUGAGACUACCAUAGUUAAAAUAUCUUUUUAGUAUAAUAAUUGAGGCAAGAUUUGCAUAAUCUGAAAUAUCAUUAGUUGAACUAUUUGUCCUCUUGCAUUCCUGGUUGUAUCGGAGCUUUUCAGUGACAUUAGACCCCCAACAAACCCCCUUAAAUUAAAUGCAUCUAUUGGGGCCCGUCGAACUGUGCCUGACUGUCACGAUCGUGGCCUGUCGUGCUUUAUGUGCUAAUUCCCGAAAUAAUUCAGAUUGCUGGUUCCUGUAAACAUUAAAUGAUAACAAAUGAAAUGAAUUAGGUUGGACGUCCAAAUAACCAAGAAAACGUUCGUUUUAUGUCUUGAAUCCCGUUUAUUGAACUUAAAAUGUUAAACAGAAUUUAUAAAAAAUCUGCAACGACACCCAGCCGGCUUAAAAGCAGUGAUACAUUGGAGGAGGACAACACUUUGGUGCCCCAUUUUUUAUUUUGUUUCCGCAGAACUUUCUAAAAAUUUCACACUUCUUUAUGAAAAAUUUGCUGAGAGAUAUUGAUAAAAUUAUUGUCAUGAGAUAAAUAAUUUACGAAGUUCUACGCGCAGGAGUAGCUGUGUGGACAGAAGCAUAAUGUUGACUCCGCGAUUUGAACUUAGUCAAGAUGAUGAUUUCCUCCACAUUAUAAUUGAUGCUGUACUUGCUAAGAUUUCUGACACAGAAAUUCUUAUUGAUGAUGAUGAGUUCAUCUUUUAUUCCACACCCUAUUAUUUACGACUCCAUCUGCCAGGGAAACUUGAUGAAGAUGGUCGUGAGACAUGCACUUAUAAUGAUGGAAAGUUUUCAAUCCAAAUUCCAAAGAAAGUUGCUGGUGAAAUGUUUCAGGGUCUUGAAAUGCUUACAAAACUACUAACACCAAAAGGAAAAUAUUCAGCUAACUCUCCAUUAAUUGAAGUUCUAUACAAUGAAACCAGCCCAUCAAGUACAAAAGAACACAAAACCGGUGAAGAUGCAAACGAAGAGGAAGAAUUUGAUUGGUACAUUGAACAAGAGCCACCCUCUGCUCUUAAUGAUACAUUUCUACCGCAGUAUUGUUAUGGAUUUGCUAAUAAAAGAUCUGGAGUAUUUCAAAACUUAGCUGAAGAAUUUUCUGAGACUUGUGACAUAAGGUAUCCUGAUGAAAUGUCCCCUCAAGAAAGAACACAAAAGAGAUGUGAACUUGAAGCAGAAAAAUUUGAUCCUGAUUAUUAUAUUGCAGAUUUCAUUGACGAAGAAAAUAUAAUUAAAAAGCUCUGUUCGUAUGUUUGUCCCUGGAGUUGUGAGAAAGAUGGAAACUUAGUUCACUUUCCAAAGAGUUCAGAUCUGACUGAGCAGGAAAAAUAUAUUUUGACUCAGCUGCCCAAGAAACAAUAUCUUUUAGAUAAUCCAAAAGAUGUCACUUCUGUUUACUUAGGUCUUGUAGACAUUCUUUUUGCAUAUUCAUACGAUGUUCGCACAACAGAAGGAGAGAAAACUGUAGAAUCUGGUUGGACCGUAGCAAAGUUGAGUUCUACUUUAAGUUGUUUUGAAACAUUCAUCAAUUUAAAAGACGUUAUAAUUGCCUCUUUCCGGCGCAGUUUGUCUUAUCCACUCUAUCGAAACUGGCAGUUAUCCAUGGCUGUUCUUUCUGAUGUUCAAUUCCUUUUUAAUUCUGGUCAACUACAUAUUCUAAAAUGUCUGCUGGAAGUCAAAGAACUAAUGCAGGAAUAUAAUUUGAAUCACAUUCUUAAUGAUCUCUACAUUACAGACUAUUGUGUAUGGAUACAGACAGCAUGUGCUAAACAACUUCAAUCUCUGGCAACCGAAUUAUCAAAGGUGACCAUCACUAAAGAAGAUUGUAACCUAGAACUUGAAGAGUGGGAAAACACAGCAAUUGGAGAGAUGGAUAAUUUAGAAGUAAAUACUGUAACAGAAAACCUGUGCAACCUAAAAGUGAGGGAUAGUGAUGACAGCAGUACAGAGAGUGAAUCCGUUACCGAUUCCAGCAGUGAGGGGAGUAGUUGUACAGAAAGUGAAUAUUCCACUGGAUCAGACUCAGAAGACUCAAUUAAAAAAUAAUAAAAACUUGAUUUAUUUAAAGUUAAAAGAUUUUACAGAAGCAGCAGCUAUAGUGAAUAUGACAUGAAUUAAAAAUCCAAAGAAUUUGAAAACUUUUCUUUUUUGAGAGAGAGAGAGAGAGGAAACCUUCAUUCUUUUAUCACUUCUAAGACCUCAUUCAGUAUUUUUAUAGACUCAGUUCCUGCAAGAGCUUCAUUCAUAAGUGCUGUACUGAUCUAUAAAAAAAAAAAAAAAGGAUAAAAAUAAAAAGUUAAAAGGAAGACAUUAUUACAGCACAAAGCAGUAAUUUUCAUGGGUUAUUUUACUUACUCGUUCCCUGAUUUUGUCAAUUUUAUUUUGAGACCGAACAACAACUGGGCUUCCUUCUAAAGACAUGAAUCUUUCACCUUGUCUGGGACUGCGAUCAAAUGGAGUGAUAGGCAACCUUAGAACCGAUAGAAAAAAUAAUACAAUAUUAGUAUUCAAAAUGAACUUUCUACAGCCCCUAUGAUGAGAUGGGGCUUUUCAUUUAACUUACUUUCACUUUAGAUGAAUUUAAGAAAAGUAGGAUCACUCACCUGGGAUCAAACUUUGGUGUGAUUGCAGGGGUCAUUAAAAACUGUGAAGAUGACCAGUUCGUCAAGGGGGUUUGUUGCCUACAGAAUACAUAAUAAAAAUCAUUAGUAAAAUAGUUACCGUGAUGAUAAUUAAAUCAUCAGCAUCGUUUAGUGCAAGCAGCACAAGGCUCCAGUCUGUUUCGAUUUCUACAGCUGGUUGCCCUUCCUAAUGCCAACCACUCCAUAGUGUACUGGUCAUGACUAUGAUUUCACUAAGCUUGACCACAGUAAAUCACCAAAGGUCUUUGUCAUCACUUCCAUGAGGCCCAAUAUCCAAAGAGCAUGCUUCAGCACCUUAUCCCAUGUCUUCCUAGCUCUACCUUUUCCACAGGUUCUCUCUACAGUUAGAGAUUGGCACUUUUUUUUAUGCAGUUGUGCUCAUCCGUAUGCAUCACAUGACCAUACCAAUACAUGUCCUCUGCAAUCACAGACCAUGUUUCACUGUCAGUGUAGCAUGGCUGUUUGCACUCAGGCCUCCUCAUACAAUCUGCUCUUUACUCUGAGGGAUAGAAGCUCUCUGAACUUUGCCCAGACAAUUCUUAUUCUAGCAGCUAUGUUCACUGAGAGUCUAGAUUAAUGAAAAGUAACAUUCUCAGUUUGACCACCAACACUAUGGACAAUAACUGGAAAGUCGCUUUUCUCAUAAAGAUGAGAGGCAGUUGUUGUUGUUGUUGUUGUUGUUGUUAGCAUUUAAUGUUACACAAUCUGAGAAAUUUCUGCUGAAAAGAACUUUUGGUUCCAGAUACAAAAAGCCUGGAAUUGAAUGCGGAUAUAAAUGGAUGUCAGAUAUGAAAGCAAUCUUCUAAUAGCAUUUAUGUAGCAAUAAUAAGAAACUCAAAAUAUUUAUUAGAGGAAAGGAAACUUACCUUGCAUUUGAAGCAGUUCGUUUGCUAGAUCUCUGUUAAUAAAAACAAAAACAAUUUUCAUCAAAACCACUGGAAAAUGAAUGAGAUUUAAAAUGACUGUUGCAGAACAUUCCUUGAUGCAAAAUUUAAAAACUGUCAAAUAUUUAAAUGACCUCCAUUGAAAAAACUGACGAGCAUUUUCUCUUUGUAAGAUGAUACAAAUAAAUGUCAUAAGUUUUACAUAUUAUACAA